GUUUUAUGGGCACAACUUUGCGUUCUCCAUGGUCCCUCUUGGCAAUGCUCCAAUGCCAGGUCCAGUUACCAUUACAUACCCAGACAGUGUGGGUCAUGUUUCUACAGGAAAUAGAACAAUGUUACUGCAUUGGAAUCCAGUUAUGCAGUACUGGGAGAUUUCCAGCAGGACCUGUAAACAUCUCCCUCCAGAAGAACAAGAAGUUUUUGAUGCUGUCAAACAAACCAUGACUGUCAAGGUGUGUGAUACAUAUGCAGAAAAUAAAUAUGAUAAAACCAGGAGCCGUAGAAGAAAAAGAGCUACAAAGGAGACAAACAGUUACCUUCACAAAGAAACCAUGUUUAUAUUAUCUGUAACUAAGGCCUCCAUUUACAAUUAUCCUCCCCUGUUAGACUGCCAAACUGAGGUUAACAUCAUGGAAGACUCAGGAACUUUACACUACCAGUUAUCAGCACUAGAUGAAGAGGGAGAUCCAAUCAUCUUUAAUCUCUUAAACCAAUCCGUAAAAGGACAGCUCUCUUUGUCAAGUGAUGGGUUCUUGGUCUAUACUCCAUGUUUGGACAGUUCUGGUAAUGAAACAAUAGGCAUAAUGCUUACAGAGAAUCAGACCAACCCAGAAAUUCCAGCAGCCAGUACAAAGAUAGCCAUCAACAUCCACAUCCAGUCCAUCAACGAUCCUCCGUCUGUGUUCUUGACAGUGAAUGGUUCAUCACUGCUGAACAAAGAUCCAACAGAGGAUGUUGUUAUUUUACUUGAAGCUGUGAAUGACUUCAUUUCCAAUGAAACAAGGCACUGGAAGGCCAGACUUGGUGCUUAUGAUGUUGAAAAAACUGAUACACUGAAAUUUGUCAUGUCUAAUCCCCUCAAUCUAAACAUAUCAAUAACUGAAGAAAGUAAUCAAGUGCCACAACUCUUGAAAUAUUGCAAUAUUUCUGACAAACUUUGGCCCGCAAUGAUGCCUUGUGCAGAAAACUUCAGUGACAGUCUCCCACACGCAGCUUCUGAUUUGACCUGGUUGACAUAUGUUGUCCAGUUUACACAGCCCAGGAAUCAGUUUGGCAAUUACACUUUUAGUUUCUAUUUUGAGGACAGCUCUAAUGGAACUUCUUCUCCUGUGAACAUUAAAUUUGGUAUAAUGGAGAUGCCUUGUCACAACAGUGGAACUUGUCAAGCUAAAGGAAUCUACCCCUGUAAUGAUACCCACAGGACCCACAGCUUUGAGGCCUACUACAGAUGUCAGUGUACCGGAGGAUACCAGAGUAGAUACUGUACAGAGGACAUCAAUGAGUGUCUCAGUGACCCGUGUGAACCUCCCUUUGUCUGUUACAACAAUCAGAACAGCUACCACUGUGCCUGUCCCCCAGAAAACCCCAACUGUGAAAUAGUUAUAUGGAUGGUAGUCGUCAGUGUGUUCAUAGUGGUCAUCAUCCUGGUACUGAUAGGAAUAGCUGUCUACAGAUACAGGACGCAAAGAGGAAACACUUCAACAACAUCGAUUCCAUCUCAACUAGACUUCACAGACUCACAUCAGGAACAUGACCACAACUAUCCAGAAGAGGGGGAGGACUUUUUUAACAUGAAGCCUCGUUAUCUUGACCAAGAAAAGACUAUUCCUUGGGCAUUUCUUCAAAGCAAAAGUAAUUCCCAGCCCUUUGUUGAAGAUGAAUAUGACAAUGAGGAUUUUUCUGAAGAUGAUGAUGAUGAUGAUUUACCAUGUGAUGAAGAUGAUUACAAUGAAUCUUUUGACAUGGAACAUGAUGAUGAUGAUCAGUCGUUCAUACAUCCUCCACCAAAUUUGAGCUAUCCGUCAUUCAUUGAAAUGCAGAACUUGAAAUAUUACCAGCGCCAUAGAAAAACAACAUUUGAACCACUGGUACCAACAGCAUCUGAUCAAGACCAGCCUUUAACCACAACAGAGAGGAGACAUUCUUUGAGAAAUAGAAGAGUGAGUCCAAGUCCACAUUCGGUAUCUACUAUUGUAUCAGCUGGUCCACAUAAAAGAAAAUACAUCAAUGAAUCUGUCCAAUGUUUACAAGACAUCCAAGAUGAAAAGGAUACUAGCAAUGAUGAAACGAAUGAAAUGUCACCAACUCCCAAGAAAGAUUCGAUGGAUAAUGGCAUAGUGAUUGAUCCAGACCACCUUACACCCAAACCUGCAUGGAGUACAACAUUGGAUACCAGUGAAGAACAAUCAGAGGUCUGAAAAUAGAGGAUUGUAACUUGUGACCAUGACAGGAUUUUACAAUUCUUGUGUUUAUAUAUGACUGAUCACAUAUUCUGUUGAUAUAAUUCUUUGAUACAUGUACAUAGUUAAAUGUUUUUUUAUUUUUUUUGUUUUGAAGACAUUUUCU